AUGUCAGACUCCUCCGCGGUCUGGAACAAUGCCAUGCGACUCGCAGAAGACCUCUCGUACGUGCCGCCGACGGCUCCGCUCCCGUCUUGGAUCAAAGGCUUCCUAGUUACCGCCGUGCACUCGAACGACAACGCCAUCGUGGACGCCGCCAUCGAAGCAGCUAACAUACUGAAUGAUUUCUGGUUCAAAGUUGCGUACGACGCGCACCGCAUCGACGGUGAGAAGCCGUACGAUAGCGCGGAGUGUCUGUGGAUACCGGGUUGCACGACGUGCGCGUUCGUCGCGCUCAAACCGGACGACAACGACGUGAAUCUGUACAUGUGCGUCAAGGCCAUCGUCGAGGAGUGUAAAAAGGGCGCGGAUUGGAAGCAGCCGACGCACGUCUCGAGAAUCGUGCCCGUGGAGCAAGCGGCGAGCGAACUCGAGCUCGAUUCUCUCGCCGCGCGCGUUCUCCCGGGACACUUCCCCGCGCGAGACGCCGACGCCGAACCGAUCUCGUUCGAGGUGCACUACGAGGAACACAGUGCGCUUCGACACUUCCAAUCGGCCGACGUCAAUCGUGUCGUCGCCGCACAUGUUCCUCGUGUCGGCUACAGAGUCGAUCUGAAAAAGCCGAUGAAAACCAUCAUCGUCAUCAACGCUGGCGGCUCGAUGAUGAUGUCGGUCGUCGAAAACUACGACGAAUUGAACCACUUCAACAUCCGAACGGCGGUGAACGAAAAGCUCGCGAACACCGUCCCUUCUGCCGUCGCGUAA